AUGGCGAGGCACUGGCGUCCGUCAUCGGACCACUUCCCCCCCGCCAGCUGCCAUUUUGGAUCAACAGGUGGACUCAGGACGAAGAGAAAAGAAGGGGGGGAGGAAGAGGAAGAGGAGGAGGAACGCUCGCCCAUCUACUCUCUCUCCAAGAGCUCCAUGGACGUAGUCAUGACAACCGGACACCAGCAUCUGCGAGACCCGGCCUGGGCAAAGCUGGAGCUGAGACGAAGCGCCAGCCAUAACACACACUCCUCCCCAAACACACAAACACCAAAGCUCACACCCUUACACUCACACACGUCUCAAAACACACACGGGCACGGAUCUCCCCUUGGCAACGAGCGUGUGGAGAGUUGGAGUGUGUGUAGCGGUGGUAGCACUCCAGAGACGGUCAUACGGAAGGGAAGGGCCUCCCACCCCUGGAUUAUGACUGAGGAGACCCCCUGUGUCCCGUACUUCACUCGCUGCUCCAAAUUGGCUUCAGAGUCUCAGUCUUCCUCACACCUAGUUGUGACCUCACCUCAAUCCUCACCCUUCACCUCACCCCUAAACACACCCACACACAGCCCAACACUACACCCACUCCAAUACACACCCUCACCUGUGUCCUCACCCCUACCUGUAACCUCACCUCUACCCUCACCCCUACCUGUAACCUCAUCUCUACCCUCACCCCUACCUGUAACCUCACCUCUACCCUCACCCCAACCUGUAACCUCAUCUCUACCCUCACCCCUACCUGUAACCUCACCUCUACCUUCACCCCUACCUGUGACCUCACCUCUACCCUCAACUCCACCUGUAACCUCACCUCUACCCUCACCCCUACCUGUGACCUCACCUCUACCCUCACCCCUACCUGUAACCUCACCUCUACCCUCACCUCUACCUGUGACCUCACCUCUACCCUCAACUCCACCUGUAACCUCACCUCUACCCUCACCCCUACCUGUGACCUCACCUCUACCCUCACCCCUACCUGUGACCUCACCUCUACCCUCACCCCUACCUGUAACCUCACCUCUACCCUCACCCCUACCUGUGACCUCACCUCUACCCUCACCCCUACCUGUAACCUCACCUCUACCUGUGACCUCACCUCUACCCUCAACUCCACCUGUAACCUCACCUCUACCCUCACCCCUACCUGUAACCUCACCUCUACCCUCAACUCCACCUGUAACCUCACCUCUACCCUCACCCCUACCUGUAACCUCACCUCUAGCCUCAUCCCUGGCCCAUAAAGGAUGCCCACCAAAUCCUUACACAGACAAGGCUUGUUCCCCCCACAAGCAUCCCUCUUCCCCCAGUCCCUUCCCCUCUUCUUCCUGUAGAGCUCAAGGUGAGGAAAGUCUAGAGGAGAGCGGCAGCAAUGAGCAGGUCCCACCCCAGCCAGGGUGCACCAGUGUGGGGACAUACUAUGGAGAGAAGCCCUCUAUCCUGAGGGCGAAACCCAGUCCCAGUCCUAACAACAACACACAGCCCCUGGGUGUUAGCCUGGGCAGCCCUGUACAACAGCAAGACGUGGAGAUGGACCAUCGGGUGUUUUUCCCGAGCCCACCAUCUCACCUGGCGAUGUCAUGGUCACAGAGGCUCACCUGUCCGUCUGGCCGAGGUCAGAGGUCGGUGGCUUUAGUCUCCUCCCUCAGUGACUCGCGAUUGGACGGCUGCCAAUGCUGCUGCUAUAACUCUGCCCACUCAGGGGUCAUGAACUUGAUGACGUCAUCACCCCAGGGGUCAGGGUUCAAGGAGGAGGGGACGAUGACAUCACAGAGGGAGCUGGUUGAGGUAGGGGUGCAGGCGGGGUCACCUCUAGGGUCAAAGUUCAACUAUAGGUCCCUCCAGAUCUCCAUAAAGGAUCAUGGGUUGGACAGUAAUCUGGGGUCCCCCACUCGGCCCAACUCCUACGUUGGCUCCAACUCUUAUCUAGGUUCACAGUCCAUCUUGGGGUCCCCUCCGGGGUCAAGGUUGAACCUGAGGUCAUCGCUUGGCUCCCACUCCAACCUGAUGUCGCCUUCUUCCAGUAUGUUCCCUCUGGCUAGCCCUGGAGAAGAGGAGGAGGAGGAGGUGGUGUGGGAGGAGAGCAGCUCUCCCCCGCUGGGGGAGAUGGGGAGGAGGAGGUCCUGUCUGAAGGUGGCGGUACAGGAGGAGGAGAGGAGGAGGAGUGGAGAGAGGGAUCACAGCAAAAGGAGGAGUAGUAUGAAACAGGUGCAGUGGGAUAAAGAUGGACUGACCUGGGACGUUUACGGAGCCUCUCUGGACCCAGAGGAACUCAGCUCGGCCAUACAGGUGUGUGUAGGCGUGUGUGCAGCUUGACUAUUCAGGUGAUGGUUUCUACAUGUCAAUCUAUUUGUUUUAAAUGUUUAUCUAUAUAUUCAUUGUUUUUAAUAUGUUAAUAUGUUUUCUCUAAUCUUAUCAUGCAGAAACACCUACAGCUCAUAACCAGGACAGACAACACAAACACAGAAACCACUGCCAAGACCAAACCCAAGACCAAAAGCAAGUCAAGGGUUAAGAUCAUGUCUAAGACCAAGACCCCUCCCAUGGAAACCGCUACCACGUCAACCCCUGUUAUGACGACCAAGCGCAAGACCGUUUCCAUGGAAACCGCUUCCCUGUCAACCCCUGUCACAACCAAAAGAAAGGCCACUUUCAUGGCAACUUCCCCAAUGGCAACCCUUGUCACACCCCUAUCGAUUAAUACCAUGGCGACUGCUGCUAUAGAGACUGAGGCUGACACUAAAGGAGAGGGAGAGAGAGAGGGAGAAGGAGAUGGAGAUAGAAAGGGAGGAGAGGUAGAGAGAGAGAGAGAAGGAGAGGAGGAGGGAGGAGGAGAGGAGGAGGAGAGGAGGAGGGAAGAGGGAGGACAGAGGGGAGAAGAGACAGAGGAAGAGGGGACACCGGUGCUGUCUCGUAAGUCGUCAUCCCGCAAGAAGAAGAGUGGAGGAGUGAUGAGGUCAAUGAAGCGAUGCGUUCGCUCCUCAAGCCCCAAUGACUGA